CAGUGCCAGCACAAGCGAAAAAAAGGGAAGAGAGAACAGAAAACAGAAAAAUAUUCCAAAAGCAGGGGGAAGGCAAAACAACAAAGAAAGCGGAAAAACUCAGAAUCUCACGUAUCAGGGAAUAUCAAAUAAAAACUAGACAAGGCAAGUAAAUGUAAAAAGAUUUCCGAUAUAAGGCGACGACCGCACCGCUGUACUAGUAACGCUCAUCACGUAGGCCAAGCACAAUGUAUGCCGGCGAGGAGGAGAACGAUAACCAGAGUCAGAGCCGACCGGAGCAGCCACGCGUGCUCGUCAAAUGCGGUGGCUUCUCUUCCCAAUUGGCGCACAAUGUGGAUGAAAAGGUGGACGGCGACCCGUUGUGGGGCUCGCGUUUCGAUGCCACCAAUCCGCAGGCGGUGAUUAAGACGCAUUUGGAUUUUUUGCGCAGUGGUGCCGAUAUCAUAUUAACAAACACCUACCAGUCCAGCGUGGAGGGAUUUAUGAAAUAUCUGUCUCUGACGCGUGAGCAGAGUGUGGCCCUGAUAGAGAAGAGCGUGUACCUGACGCAACAGGCCAAGGCGCAAUAUCUGAAGGAGUUGCUCCAGUCCGGCGGGAGCAUUAAACCACAUUUCCCCCUGAUCUUGGCAUCGAUUGGGCCAUAUGGUGCCCAUCUGCAUGACGGUUCCGAGUAUUCGGGCAGCUAUGCGGAUAAGAUAAGCAAGGAGAAGCUUCAGGACUGGCAUCGCACACGAAUCGAGACCUGCCUGCUGGCCGGAGUCGAUGGCUUGGCCGCGGAGACGCUGCCGUGUCAGCUGGAAGCACUGGCCAUCACGGAAAGCAUACUCGAGAACUAUACGAACGUCAAGUUUUGGGUAUCCUUUCAGUGCAAGGACGAAACCAGUCUGGCAGAUGGUGAAUCUUUCGCAGAGGCUGCUCUAUCCGUCUGGCGUAUGGUGCAGUCCCACAAGGCACAGACUCGCCUCCUGGGUAUCGGCGUUAAUUGUGUGAAUCCCACGUUUGUGACGCCCCUCCUAAGAUCUCUGAAUGCGGCCGCCGGCACGGAUCGCAUUCCCCUGGUGGUGUACAGCAAUCGUGGCGAAAUCUACGAUAGUGUACGCGGUGAAUGGACGGGAACGGGUGAAGAUGUGGCCAAAUUUGUGCCCGAAUGGGUGCGUAUGGGCGCACGCAUUGUGGGCGGAUGUUGCCGUGUCUAUCCGGACGAUGUGCUCAAGAUCCGCAAGUGCGUUGAUAGCCUUAACAUCGGCUACAGAACAGAGCAGCAAUCGCCGCAAUCGGACAUUGCUUAAAUUGAUUGUUGACUUUUGUUGUUAAUGCGAAAUGUGGUUUCAUGUUACUAGACCUAGACCUAUUUAGUUUGCUAAAUACAUAUAUACUUUUCAUACUAUGUAUAUGUA